AUGAAACUUGCACUGGUGUGCCUGCUCGCUAUCGCAACUAUCGUCUACGUGUCCGCACGUCCCGACGGGUACACUAAUAGAUACGACAAUAUAGAUGUAGACCAAAUUCUAAAUAAUGAUCGAUUGCUGAAGCGAUAUACGGACUGCUUGUUGGAGAAGGCUAACGCCAGGUGCCCGCCUGAAGCUAUUGAAUUAAAGAAAGUCUUAAAUGAAGCACUAGAAACUGAAUGCGCGAAAUGUUCGGAACAUCAAAGGCAAAUCGUGAGGAAGGUGAUCAGAUUUCUAGUAGAAAACAAGAGGGACUUAUGGAACGAGCUGAAGGCGAAGUACGAUCCGGAAGGGAAAUACGUAAACAAAUAUGAAGAUAUGGCCACGAGGGAAGGCGUUCAACUUUAA